AUGCUGUGCUACUUGAAGUAUGCUGCUGCAGGCUUGGCUGUCGCGACUCUUGUCUCAGGCCAAACAUUCAGCGACUGCAAUCCCAUGCAGAAAACUUGCCCGGCCAAUGUUGGCACAACCCAGUCGAGACAAACUUUCGACUUCACCAAGAGCUCGGAUCUAGAUCAGUGGACGACUACUGCCGGCAACGUCAAGACGGGCUCAAGCGGCGCCGAGUUUACCGUCAACAAGCAAGGCGAUGCUCCCACCAUCCAAUCCGACUUCUACAUCUUCUUCGGCGAAGUCUCGGUCACCAUGAAAGCAGCCCCCGGCACUGGCAUCGUCAGCAGUAUCGUGCUUGAGUCGGAUGAUCUUGACGAGAUUGACUGGGAAGCCGUCGGUGGCGACACGACCCAAAUCGAGACAAACUACUUCGGAAAAGGAGAUACCACGACAUACGACCGCGCAAUCUGGGAGCCUGUCUCGACACCGCAAGAGACAUUCCACACCUACAAAGUCGUCUGGACGAAAGAAACCACCACCUGGUCCGUUGACGGGAAAGUCAUCCGCACACUAUCCUUCAACGACGCGCAAUCCGGCACCAGAUAUCCCCAGACACCCAUGAACGUUCGCAUCGGCAUUUGGGCCGGCGGCGACCCAAGUAAUGCGCAGGGCACGAUCCAAUGGGCCGGCGGCGAAACAGAUUACAGCAAGUCGCCCUUCACUAUGUAUAUCAAGGACGUCACUAUCGUCAACUACAACCCGGCUGAGUCUUACACCUGGUCUGACCAAAGUGGUUCUUAUGAGAGUAUCGAGUUUACUGGUUCUACUGGUUCUACUAACUUGAGUUCGUCGACUUCCUCGACUUCCUCGACUACCUCGAAGACGACUUCCGCUUCUAGGUCGGUUUUCACAUCCUCCUCGUCUGUUGUCGCUAUACCUAACAGUUCUGAAUUUAGUAGAAGCCUUAUCACUGCUGCUAACACAGCCACACCGUCCAGCUCCGGCUCGGUUUCUUCUCGUCCCAGUGCGCCCUCUGCUUCUCCGGUUUUCAAUGCGGCUUCGGACUUGACCGCUGGUGGUUCGGGAUUCAUGUCUUUCCUUGCGGUUGUCUCCGGGUUUCUUUUCCUGUAG